AUGGUCCUCUUGAGACUUCUGCGUCCAACCAAGAGGCUGAGCCAAAACGCCAGUCAAUGUUGCAAUGAAACAAAAAUUGUUUUACAAAGGCAAAAGCUGUUCCCUGAUGUUGUCGUGCGUAUUCUUAUUAGCAUCGCAUUUCUUCUUGCCGUAAACGCAGGCGUGGAGAUCACGCAAAGUACCGACGCUCGGCGAUUCUCUUUGGUGACCCUCAGUUGGCACCAAACUGAUCGUGAAUACAUCUCUAUGCUUUCAUUUGUCGUCUAUUCAUCGAUGAUCGGUCUGAUGUUCUAUGCGCUCUCUAUAUUUGACUUGCUUUACAAGCACAUUUACGACGAAGAAAAGCAUGAGACGGCAGAGACAACGCCGAAAACCCAAAUGCUCUACCAGAUCCUUCAUUUGGCUUGUGAUGUGAUAUUUUGUCUUCUUAUUGUCCUUCCAAGGGUCGACGACCCUUUGGCGAAUCCGAAUCUGGCCAUCACUCAUUCGCUGUUGAACACCUUUGGCCCAGCUGUAUGGCCGACCAUUUCACUGAUCGUCUAUUCGAAAAGGGUUAGACACGAACUCUACUUUCGGACAGUCAUCAUGUGCAGGACGUGCUCGUCACCUAAUAGCAGUAACAUCGACAAUCGACGAGGAAGGAUGCGUAUGGUGUGA